AGGGCGGCGGCGUUCGCUAGGGUACCUCCGGCGUUUCAUCCUCUCUCUUCACCCUACUCUGCGUCCUCCUCAGCGUCCUCUCGGUCGCUCUCCUUGGCCCCUGGGCCGCACGCCGCCGCCUGUCCUCCUCUUUGCCCUCCCCGUGCCUACCGCCAUGGGCCGUCGCCCGCCGCGCUGCUGGGCCGAGGGCAGCUGAGGGGCCGCGCCAACAUGGGCAAGGACGGAGCAGGGCCCGAGAGCCAGCCUGAGCAGCCCGGGAGCCCCGUGCGCGCACGCCCGCGCCACCGCGGGGAUGCCCGCGCCCGCCGCCGCGCCCUGAGAGCCUUUGUCUGCCGCCCGCUUUGCCCGCCGCACCACUGGCCUCGCGGGCCCGCGCUGCGGCCCGGGGCGCGUCCAUGAAGAUGGAGCCGGGCCGACCGGCUUCCCCCACGGGCGGCCCGUGCCCUGACCCGGAGCCGGGCGGACUCGACUGGCCGGUGGUCCCCCCCACGUCCGCCGAUCCUGCCCCGCGUCCGGGUCUCAGCCCGCUGGACCCCGCCGACUUGAGCGCCGAGCGGGUUCCGGGGGCCUCUUACCUGCCGCGGAUUCAGGCCGACUGCCCUGACCCCGAUCCAGACCCUGAUCAGCAGCUGACAGAACUCGGCCCGCUUUUUUUCUGGACUAAAGAGCCAGAGGAUUAUGGGCCCCAAAGUUGCCAGGAGAGCGCCUCUCUCUGCGCACAGGAUUUUAGCCACAGCAACCACGGGAGGGGUGAGGUCGACUUCUUUCCUUCCUUACCUUCGCCGACCCUGGAGUUGACGCUGGAGGUGGGUCCCGGGGACGCGCACCAGCCAUCGGACUUAAGCCAGACCCGCUCCCUUACGAGCGAGCCCACGGGCUGUGCGGAGGACGGCCCCCGCCUCCGAGCCGUGUUCGAUGCCCUGGACGGUGAUGGGGACGGCUUCGUCCGCAUGGAGGACUUCGUCCAGUUCGCCACGGUUUACGGAGCAGAGCAGGUGAAGGACUUAACGAAAUACUUGGAUCCCAGUGGGCUCGGCGUGAUCAGUUUUGAAGACUUCUGCCGAGGAAUCACAGCCAUCAGAAAUGGAGAUUCUGAUGGCCAGCUGUGCAGCAUUGUACCUGCCCAGGACGAGGGGUCGCAGGCCUGCCCUGAUGAGUUCGAGGACUUCGUUACUUUUGAGGCCAAUGAGGUGACAGACAGCGCGUACAUGGGCUCCGAGAGCACCUACAGCGAGUGCGAGACCUUCACCGAUGAGGACACAAGCACCCUGGUGCAUCCCGAGCUGCAGCCUGAAGGGGACAUGGACAGUGCGGGUGGCUCGGCCAUGCCCUCCGAAUGCCUGGAUGCUAUGGAGGAGCCUGGCCAUGGUGCUCUGCUGCUGCUUCCAGGCAGAUCCCACCUGCACAGCCAGUCCGUCGUCAUGGUGAUAGGUGGCGAGGAGCAUUUCGAGGACUAUGGUGAGGGCAGUGAGGCGGAACUAUCCCCAGAGACUCUCUGCAGUGAGGAGCCCGGCUGCGCAGAUGCUGCUUUUCUCGCCCCCAGCACCGACCCGCUUGCCGCAAAGCUGCACAGCAUCCUCACUGAUGAGGCCUUUGAGUUUUACUGUAGCCAGUGCCAUAAACAAAUCAACCGCCUAGAGGAUCUUUCUGCUCGCCUGAAUGAUCUUGAAAAGAAUAGUCCGACGAAGCGGCUCUCCAGCAAGAAGGUGGCGAGACACUUGCACCAGUCAGGGGUCCUGACCAUGGAGGCCCUGCAGGAUCCGCCCCCAGAGCCCGUGGAGGGCAUGGAAGAGGACAUUGCGGACAAGGUUGUCUUCUUGGAGAAGCGGGUGUCAGAGCUGGAGAAGGACACUGCUGCCAAUGGGGAGCAACAUAGCCGGCUGAGGCAGGAAAAUCUCCAGCUGGUGCACAGAGCCAAUGCCCUCGAGGAGCAGUUGAAGGAGCAGGAGCUGAGAGCUUGUGAGAUGGUCCUGGAAGAGACACGGAAGCAGAAGGAGCUCUUAUGCAAGAUGGAGAGAGAGAAGAGCAUUGAGAUCGAGAACCUGCAGGCCAGGCUGCAGCAACUGGACGAGGAGAACAGUGAGCUGAGAUCCUGCACACCCUGUCUAAAGGCCAACAUCGAACGCCUGGAGGAGGAGAAGCAGAAGCUGCUGGAUGAGAUUGAAGAGUUGUCGCUGCGGCUCAGUGAUGAGCAGGAAAACAGGAGGAAGCUAGGUGACAGGCUGAGUCACGAAAGGCACCAAUUUCAGAAGGACAAGGAGGCAACACAGGAGCUAAUUGAGGACCUGCGCAAGCAGCUAGAGCAUCUACAGCUCUUCAAGCUGGAGGCAGAGCAGAGGAGGGGCCGGAGCAGCAGCGUAGGCCUGCAGGAGUACAAUAGCCGCACCCGGGAGAGUGAGCUGGAGCAGGAAGUCCGCAGGCUGAAGCAGGACAACCGGAACCUGAAGGAGCAGAAUGAUGAGCUCAAUGGACAGAUCAUAAACCUGAGCAUCCAGGGUGCCAAGAACCUCUUCUCCACAUCCUUCUCCGAGUCUCUGGCCGCAGAGAUCAGCUCAGUUUCCCGUGAUGAGCUCAUGGAAGCGAUUCAGAAGCAGGAAGAGAUCAACUUCCGCCUGCAAGACUACAUCGACAGGAUCAUUGUGGCCAUCAUGGAGACCAACCCAUCCAUCCUGGAGGUCAAGUAGAGGCAGACAAGCCCAGCCCAGGGUGAUUCUGGACUCCACCAACACCCCAGAGAUGGCCAUGGCACACAUGGGCCAAGAAUAGCAGGUCCCAUACCCACUGAGGCCAGAGCACACAGCUGAGCUGGAGCACAGAAAGACAGGGUGGUGGAAGAGGGAGAAGGAAAAGGAAGCCCAGUGCUCUGAGCCCACAGCAGGUGCAAGUGGGAUUGGGCCUGCUCUCAGCUCUGGCCGCCUACUGUUUGCAGAUGUGGGGACAGUGUCUCAGGCUGGCAUGAGCCCCUCCAUGAGCUCCCUCCCACGUAGUAGACCCUCCUGCUCUCCUGCCCUGUCAGAGAGAAAGGAAGGAAAUGGGUUGCCAUCUGGGGUGCAGCCAUCUAUGUCCUCACAGGUACCCCGACAUGGUGCCACCCAUCUCAGCCACUCCUGGACAAUCUAGAGACCCCAGGACCUUUGCACCAGAUGUGGUGGUAGGUGAAAGACAGGCAGUGAAGUUGAUACAAGUCAGGGUCUGACCAGCAGGGCCCCCCUUCCCACAAGCUUUUCUGGGGCUGUCUCCCUGAGCUGCUCAGGCCACCACCCAGCCAGAAGAAGCAUCUCAGUCCAGCUUCAGGCCCAGGGGUCUCCAGUUGCAUCCUUGCUACAAUAACCUUUGGGGGCUCUCAUCCUCCUGUGGGGGCUGGGGCAGGAGCCUCUGCUCUGAAAUCAGUACUUGAGAAUCUAAUGUUGUAGAAAGUACUAUCUGGAUGAGGGGGGCAUUGUCAGCCUUCUCUGACUCCUGGGGUGCAGGCAGGGCCAUGGUGAGGUGUGGCCUCCCCAUGGGUAAGGCUUUCCUGGCCUCCUGAAUUACCCCUCCCUGUGCAGAUCUUGGCAGCCCCCGGUAAAGUCCCACUUUCCCAGGCCAGAGUCCAAAUGUUUCCUCUGGGAAUCUAAAUCAUUAGCAGUCAUCAUUCUUCCCGAGGUGCAUUCUGCAGGACGCUGGGCAGGGCAGGCUCUCCAAAGAGAGAGAUCAGGAGCAGAUAACGAGACUUCCCCAGCGACUUGGAGGUUCCUUUUAGGAAACCUUUACCCAGCUGUACGCUGACACUGCCUGGCACCUGUGCUACCAGGAGCAGCAGUGUCACCCCCACAGGGAUGCUGGGCCUGCUGCCCACCUGAGCCCGAGCACUGGCCACAGGCCUCCAGGUGCUCCCAGGUGGGCCAAGACCCCACACACAAACUGGCCACUGCUGCGUGCAAGUGCGUAUGUGAGGUGUAUGCACAUGUGUGUGUGUAAGCAUGUGUGUUGCCCUUCAUCCUUCAUCCUCCACAUGGCCCACCUUCUACUCUAAGACUUAAGAUGUUGCCUCGUAUUGUAUAUUUUGGGGAAAGCCUUGGGUGUAAAUCAGUGUAAACUUGGAAGAGAGAUUUUUCUAUCAUGUAGAGUAGGUAUUUUUUAUAGAUUGAAGGUUGAUCAAUUUUUUUAAUACUUCCAAGAGAGACUAUCUGUGUAUACACAUGAAAUAUAUAUAUAUGUAUGUAUGUAUGUAUGUAUGAUAAUAAAUAUGGGAACUCUGCUUUCUGUGCCCAGCCUCACCCUACUGA